AUGGUUGUUGUGGGAGCGAGUAACGGAACUUUCGGUAGUGGCAACAUGAGGUCGUCGUUCAUGAUAGAAGACAGAGCCGGUGGUGGAGAUCCCGGGGGCUCCACCAACAUGAUGAUCUCGGAGGCUCUUGCGCCCCGGUUGCUGAAGAUUGCGCAGGGCGCCGCAGAGGCAGCAGCAGCAGCGGCAGCGACGACGUCUCCAGCCACCUCCAGUCAGCCGCAGGUCAUGGAGACGAACGGGACCCGGUGUGGCGAGCAGAUCCUGAGCUACGGCCGGUUCGAGAAAGUCCUGAUCGGUGGGGUGCUCACUAUGCUCACACUGUCCACCAUCUGCGGGAACUUACUGGUGGUCAUCUCCGUGUGUUUCGUCAAAAAGCUGCGCCAGCCGUCCAACUAUCUGAUCGUUUCGCUCGCCGUGGCGGACCUGUCAGUGGCUCUGGCCGUGAUGCCGUUCGUCAGCAUCACGGACCUGAUUGGCGGUCAGUGGAUAUUCGGACAGUUUUUCUGUAACGUUUUUAUCGCCAUGGAUGUGAUGUGCUGCACCGCGUCCAUCAUGACACUGUGCGUAAUCAGCAUUGACAGGUAUCUCGGUAUCACAAAACCCCUGACGUAUCCGGUCAGGCAGAACGGCUGCUGCAUGGCCAAGAUGAUCCUGUCAGUGUGGCUCCUCUCCGCCUCCAUCACCCUGCCGCCUCUGUUCGGCUGGGCGCAGAACGUCAAUGAUGGAAGAGUCUGCCUCAUCAGUCAGGACUUUGGUUACACCGUGUACUCCACAGCUGUGGCGUUCUACAUCCCCAUGUCAGUGAUGCUGAUCAUGUACUACAGAAUCUACCGGGCGGCCAAACUCAGUGCCGCCAAGCACACCAUCACUGGCUUCCCGAGGGACGGGGAGCAGGGUGCAGGGGCGGCUCCUCGAGGGGGAAGAGGAGGGCACGACAGUCACCGACCGACAGUAUCAGGAGAAACAGGAAGUGUUGAAGGGACUGAGGUCGAACAGGAGGAGGAUGUGGAAGAAGAGGAAGAGGAGGAGAGUUUGGACUGUGUGGCAGCGGCGCUGAAGCUCCAGCGUGAAGUGGAGGAGGAGUGCAGCACGCGUGUCUCUCGCCUCCUCAAGACCGGUGAGCACCACCAACGCCGGCAGAGGAAAAACCAGUCUAUCUUCAAACGGGAGCAGAAAGCGGCAGCCACUCUGGGUAUCGUGGUCGGCGCCUUCUCCUUCUGCUGGCUGCCGUUCUUCUUGGUGUCCACGGCCAGGCCGUUUGUGUGCGGCGUUGAGUGCAGCUGCGUGCCGCUCUGGCUGGAAAGAACUCUGUUGUGGCUCGGAUACGCCAACUCCCUCAUUAAUCCUUUCAUUUAUGCUUUUUUCAACCGUGAUCUGAGGACCACCUACAGUAACCUCCUGCGGUGCCGCUACAGGAACAUCAAUCGGAAGCUGUCGGCGGCUGGCAUGCACGAGGCUCUGAAACUGGUGGAGAAGCCAGACACUGAUGUGUAGAGCUGUAGGUCUGCCAAUCAGCGAGGCCACAGGGACCAACAGAGACAACUGCCAGGGAGGAUGCCCGCUGGGGCUGAGACUGCGGCACAAGGCCACCACGCUGCCAGAAUGGUUAUUUCCACAAAUUUGUUCAAUGAUUGCUGAGGUGAGAUGAGGCAGGAUGCUGUGAUUAAAUGGAUGCACAUGAAGGAACACUGAAGAAGAAAAAAUCUUAUCGGAGGAUUAAGAAAAAAAUUGAGGGGAGGUUUGACUCAGUGGUCAUAUUGUGUGAAU